UGUUUUGAUUGACUGUCAUUAGUCUAAUGAUUCAACAAAGAAAACCAUUCAAAAAUUCCUGGUCGCCUAAAGGAAAAAAGUGGUACAUUUGCCAUCAUGUGCCCCUCCAAAAAAAAGACUUGAAAUAUUCUAUUGCUAAUUGUUGUUUUGUUUGCAGGAAAUUGACUAAGGUUUCAUACAAAUUAUAAGCACUAUCUGACAGUUGGGUGUUUUAAUGCAUUACUUAUGGUAUUUUGAUUUGAAAAUUGUGAACAUGAACUACAGUGAAAGCUGUCAUGGAUCCACAAUUGAAUAACCAAACCAUCUGGACUGAAGCCAAGGUGAAAAGAACAACUUAUGUAAUUGGUGGCUUUAAGUGCGUUGAAAAUGCUGGUGAACAUGAUAUUUUUAUAAAACAACCAGAACAGUUGAAAAUCUGAAGAUGACACGACAUAUUUAGGCUAUGUAUUCAUUUUAUAAUUAUUAUUAUAUAAAAAUAACAAAGGUCUAUAAAUACAACCUAGUUGUUCUUAUGUUGUGACUGAAUAUUUGACUUGUUUUGUAUUUUGAUGUUAAAGGGAUGGUGCAGUCAGCUUUUGAUACAAUUAGUUUAUUAAGAAAAUGUUCAACCAACUUUUCACUUUAUUAUUUGACAAGCUACAACUAUGUGUCAAGAUAUAUAGACUAUGAGUUAGAAAACUUAGGUUGAUUCAAAUAACCAUAACUGAUUGAUAUGUAUGGUCAUAUAUGUAGUUGUGAUGUAGAAAUAUAACAUUUUUAGAGAAUAUCUCCAGCAGUUGUAAUAUAAGAAGUGGCCUGGAAAAUCCACCAGGGGGUUUGAACAAGAAUUUGCUAGUAUAUAACAACUGUGAGGUAAAAAUUAGAUUACAGCCCUUAUCUUGCAAUGUGCACACAAAUUCUAAAAACCAAGCCGAGUCAUAGCUAACUUCUAGCACAAAAACCAGCUGUAAUUUUGUAAAUAUUGGACUAGAAUAAUCAGUAAGCAGCUGUUCCAACAUGAAGAAUAACAAUUUGAAAUCACAGCUGAAUGCCAUUAACUGUGGGGAUCAUAGAAAAAGUAAACCCAACUCAACUACAGAUAGUAUAGCUGAUGACUCUGAUGUGAAAGAUGGAUUAAAGUUACCAACUGAUUUUAAAAUGAAGAAAGGAUUAUGUUGCAUUAUCCAUGAUUCUAGUAACAUGCAUUUCUCAGGAUUACAAUUAAAUAGGCAUAGCAGUACAUCUGUUGUAUCACCUUUAGGCACUUCCUACAACAACUCUCGUAAAUUAGCCUCAUCAUUGGAUACUGCUAACAGUGAUGCUUGUAAAUUAGUCUCAUCAUUGAAUACUGCUAACAGUGAUGCUUGUAAAUUAGUCUCAUCAUUGAAUACUGCUAACAGUGAUGCUUGUAAAUUAGUCUCAUCAUUGAAUACUGCUAACAGUGAUGCUUGUAAAUUAAGCUCAUCAUUGAAUACUGCUAACAAUGAUUCUUAUAGAAGUUGCAGAUUAGCAUCACCAUUGGAUAAUUCUAAUAAUACUUACAAUAACUCUGAACAAUAUAAUUACUGCAACUCUGACAGUAAUAACAAACACUUUAUUUCUUCAGACAAUUCAGGGUUAAACAGUUCACUUGGUUUCAGCAACACCUCAAAGGUGCUAAAACCAGUAGAGUUUGAACAUGACAAAAGAAAAAAUAUUCUAAGAAACCAAAUCCUAGAAUUGUCUUCGCAGUAUACAGCAGAAGACUGUAUUAUAAUUGAUGUAUGUGAUUCAGACUUGGACCUUGAUAUUGAUGUCAACAUUAAAAAUUCCAUCAAUUCAGACAUAAAUAUUUCACUAAAACCUCCUGGUGAUAUUUCAGAACUUACUGCUUCAGGUAAAGUGUUUUUAAAAGAAGAUCACAUUUCUCAAGAUUGGUUGAGCCACUACUUAAAUGACAAAAAAUACAAGAAACCAUCUACAGAGUUGAAUUUAGUAGGCUGGCAAAGUAGUGUGUCAGGAAGUGAGUCACUUUUGGAAGAAACAGAUAAAGAAGUUGAAGAGGAUAUUAUCAUCAUAUCUGUGCUUGAUGAAGAGAAAGAGUUACUAGAACACCCAUUACCUUAUUCUGAAGACACAAGUUUUUCCCAUGAUACAUCCAAAGAUUCUCUUGAAAGAUGUCCAGUUUUAAGAGGCUCUGCAUCAGACAUGGUUUCUGUUUUGCCGGCUGAGUGUCCACAUUCAUUACUAAAGGCUAGAAAUGCCCACAAGCUUGUUGCUAGUGAGCAGGUAGGAAUUGGAAAUUCUGUUGUUACUCAAACCUUAGUUCAGACAACUAGUAAUGUUCCGUAUCUCAACAAACCUCGCACAGACAACAGUCUCCUGGUAACAAAUAAACCAUUAAAUGGAGAUAUUGACUAUGAAUCUACAGUGAUGCCUUUUAAACAUAAGAGUUCUCAGGAAAAUGAAGACAUUGAGAAUCCAGAAUGGGACCAAAUCAGACAGCUUAAGACUGAUGAACAGUGCUACAGAAUUGUCCGGAAUCUUUGGAAGAACACUUCUGUUCCUAAUUCAAACCGAAACUUAACAUUUCAUUUAUUUCAGAAAAGAAGACUUCAGAAUAAAUUUAAACUGGCAAGAACAGUGAGGUCAGGUAAGAAAAGAGUAUGUAGUAAUGACAUUGUCUUUAUUACUCCAAAUAAACGACUCUGCACAAGAAAUAAGUCUUGUACUGAGAUUUUUGAUGAAAAGAUACAGAAAUACCAUGAACAACUAACUGAGCACCAACAAAAACUGCAAGUGGUAAUGAAAGAGUCUCAAGAAACUCUAAAAACUUUAUUCAAAUUAAAGCAUGCUGAGAUUACAUAUGCCCACUGCUUUCACAUGGCUAAGUUUAGAAGAUAUAAUCCAAAGAAAAGGACUCGACUGAUGCAACAGAGUUAUUGGUCCAUGAAAAAGGACCUUGCAGAACUGGAAAGUUGGCAAGAUGAGCAAAGAAACAAUCUUUACUAUGAGCAUAAGAAACAAAUCCACACAAUUAGUACAGAGUUUGAAAAAAUUCUUAAGUCACUUAGACAAGCUAAAGAAGAAGUUCUGAACUUCAGCAAAUUUUAUGUUGGUUUGGGUAGUGAGAAAGAUACUACACUUCUUACAGGAACUCAGCUACUGGAAGUCAAGGAAACUGAAAGAAUGUACAAGCAGUACAGUUUGUUUUAUACACAUCCAACAUCCAUAUGAUUUAGACCAGCAACAUAUUUUGGAUAACAAAAGUUCACAGAAUAGUAACUGCAUUGUAACCAUUUUUAGUAGAGCUUUUAAACUAAUGGCAAGUUACAUACUUAUUCAUGACAAUAUCCUUUAACUUGUGUAUGAUCUUAAACUCUAUCAGGUAUUAUACUUUAAAAGCUAGGAAAAAAAUUGGUUAGUAACAUUAAGAAUUUUACAGCAAUAUACAUCUGAUGUAUGGGUUUUAUGUGUGAUACAUGUACUAAUAUAUCUUGUAAUGUUCUGAACAAUUAACAAUAUGUGUGUGUGUAUGUAUAAAUGGGUAUCAGUAGUAUUAAUUUGAUGUGUGCUAUGUCUUCUGUGCAGUACACAGCAGUUUAUAGAAAUACAUGGGUGGUAUAACUUUUUCCAUUUUUAAUAAUCAAAACCUUGCUUUUUUAAAAUAUAGUAGUGAAAUAAAUAUUUAUUCUAAAUAGACAAUAUUUCUCAUAAAACCUCUAAUCAGAAGCAACCACUUUAGAAUAAGUACUGUUCCACCAGUUUGGUCAUAUUUUGAUGAUCUGAAGGCUAUCGUAUUCUAGUGAAACUGAUCCUGUGAUAGCUUAGCUUAUGUUCCACCAGUUUGGUCAUAUUUUGAUGAUCUGAGGCCUAUCAUACUCUAGUGAAACUGAUGCUUGGCAUUAUUAUUUACUUUGGAAUGAACCAAUUGUUUUUAAAUUUGAUUUUGUAUGGAUUUGGCUUUAGUUUUUGUGAUG